UGCUCUCAACAUGGUCCACGAUGCCUGAGGCACUCAGACAUCCGACUUUCUCAUGUCCAACUGCUCCUAACGCGUCAAGGCUGCUAAUCCCAGCCAGACAGGGCACCAGUCCCGGCACGAACCACACAGGACACCUUGGACAGCUGUACAUGCGAGCGUCUCAGGGGCCAGGGGCCAGACUUGGACUGGGCAGGUGCAGCCCUGAUCUGAGGCACCUGCGGCAUGGAGGAGCUAUGUGCGGCAUGGAGGAGCUAUGUCACAUCAGGUCAGAAGAUGAAAACCAGGCCACCCACAUCCAGCCUGACGUGGCCGAGAACCACACGGUGCUCCAGCUGCUCCCACAGACUCCGUCCCCAGGCCUCCAAACCCAGAAGCCCACAUGUGGGAGCAGGCCCCAGCCCCCUGUCCCUUCCCCUGGACACUCCCCCCAAGCCUGGCUCUCUCCCCAGGGCGCAGAGAAGUCCUAUCAUAAGGUCAUCUGGUCACCACUCCAGGCAGGCGUGUUCCCACAGGAGGGGCUGGUGCAGCGACCCGGCAGUCACGGGAGCAGGGUGCCCCGCACCCACACCGCCAGCGCACGACCUCUGGGCCGAGCUCUGCACCCCGGGGUCUCCAGCCCUGUGGGAAAGAACUCAGCCACACAAAGCUCGUCCCCUUUGACCCGCAUCAUUCUUGGGCCUCUAUCGAAAGGAUCCAAAAGAGGGAAAAGGGAAAGAUGCCAUGUACACAAAAACGUCGGUUCAUCUGCUCAGCAAAUAUGUACCGAGUGCCUGACUUGGACCGAGUGCCGUCCCAGCCGGGGACGCAGAACUGGGUGGGACUGGCGGAUUCCUGCCUCAGCCACACCCAGGGAGCCACGGCUUCCUUCACAACAGAGAUCAACAGCUAGAGGCGGACUCCCCAUCACAGCCGGAACACGAAAGGCCUGGCCUCGGAGACAGAAACCCUCGUAUGGGACGGAAACUUCCCCAAAUCCCGGUCCGCGUUCUAGAGGAGCUCAUCAAGACACAGCAAGGAGACCACAAACUCAUCUGAAGUUCACCCCUAAGUGAUCCUGGACAAAACCAGGGGGGCGUGGGGCUCUGCCCUUCUUGGCACGGAAGCCUGUGAGGAAUGCGCCGCAGGGCCCAGCGGGCGAGCCCCGAGUCCGACGCAGAGCUGAGCUGUAGCCAAGCAGAUUUCUGCAGAAUUUCGAAGGUGGCCUGGGGGUCUGACUCUGGCCC